GAUGUUCGUCAUUGUGCGACUUCGCGCGGCCGACCUGAAAAGACAUGGCAGCCCACGGUGAUAGCUAGAUAUUUUCAAACGCUCAUUUCAGGAUUAAAAAAGGAAUUGUUGUCAAAGAGGCUGAAAAAGUUUACCCCAACAUGGAGGAUGAAUGGGAAGAAGAGGAGCAGCUUGUUGUGGUCGAGCUGUCAGGAAUGAUAAAUUCAGACUUUCUAACCAAAUGUCAGGGGAAAUUAAAAGUUGUGGGGAUAGACACCGAACAACCUAUGAUGCAAGUGGGAAAUUAUGUAUUUGCAGGGGAAUAUGAAGAUGCUCUGGCUACUUGUGUGAUCUUUGAAGAAAGCAGUGGCAGUAGCGGUGAGGCAGAGGCCAGCCCCAAACUCAAGUACAAGUGCCACACCGUGAAGAAGCUCAUGAUGCAGCGCACCUUCCUCUCUGAGAGGAAAGAGGGAGAAUCCAACUCAGAGGGCAUCGAAUUCUUACAGCUGAACGACGGAGAGGAGCGCCAACGAAGCUGGAUCUGCAACUUUGACCACGACCCGAGCGUGACGGCAGAGUCCGGUAAACGCGGCGUGAAGGAGGGGUCGGAAUCUGGCAACCGAAGCCCCAUUUUAGAAUCGGGAACUGGCAACCGAAGCCCCGGGUCCGAAACGGACGCAGAGGCCAGCGACUCGGAGCAGGUGGGGCGUAGUAACGAAGGCGCCGAGGUGGAUUUGGAUCCGGGAACCUCGGUUUGCCGAGAGCCUGCGGACGGCUUGGAUGCCGGAGACUAAAAGCAUGCAGGUGGAGGGCAAUUCCACCCCUGCGGAGCUGGGACCCAGCAGUGGACAGUUUUGUGACGAUGGGCGGGAUCCUCAAGAUAUACGUGCUUGGCACGUUGCUGUCUGUUGUAUUUGCGAUAAUUGCACUUGUAGACUCCGUUGGAGGUUUGAUGUACUGUCGGGGACAAGAUCUCAGCGAAACGGAAAACAUCGGUGUGACACAAAAACAUUCCUCUGGGAUCCGUUCGAGAAGCACUGCAGCAGCAUUACCAAGAUGACUCGUGCAUAUUUGACUCAAAUGUCGUUUUUAUUCAUCUGACAAGGAACACAGUGCAAUGGGGGUAUCGAUCAAAACCGUGUCCGUGGUCAAAAUACGUUGCUUUCGAACUGACAGAUUUCACGCAACAAAUGCUUUGCUAUCACGAACAACGGAAACCACUUUCUGUGUUUUGGACCGCCACUGAUGAGGAAUGCUGCACUUUGACCACGAGUGUGUGGGCGGCCUGUGAACCAACUGAAGAUGUGCAUAUAACCAUCAGCUGAAGCACUGGAGUGUGAAAUGGGACAUUUUCUUGAUGGCUCGGGUCAGCUGACUGACUAACGGACAGGCUGCCGUCGCAAUGAAGCACCAUUUGCACUAGAACUUGUCCCCCCCCCCAUUUUGUUAACUUUUUGUUUUUUUUUGUAUGGCUAAAAGGUGUAUUUUAGAAAUAAAGGUUGACAUCAGUUGUUUGCAA